AUGUCGUCAACUGAUAUUGCCCAGUUCUGGUGCUCUGUUGUCACAGCGAACCAUGUUCUCGACUACUUCUCGCUGGUCACCGGUUAUGGCCAUUUUUCUGCUCGUAAUCCUCUUACGAACACGACCUUCUUUCACAACAUAGUCGAUACGCCAGGCACCAUCACGUCCAGUUCCAACUUCAUCGAAUUCAACGUCUACAAUGGAGCGCCUGUUGCCAGCAACUCUACAUCGAUAUCGCCCUAUUCUGAGAUGUGGAUCCAUCAAGCCAUCUAUAAAAGAUAUCCGAGCAUCAACGCUGUGGUACACAGCCACUCAAGAGCAGUCUUGCCGUUUGCAAACACUGGUGUCCCUUUAGUGCCUCAGUUACAUCUAGACGGUGUGCUCGGCGACCAGGUCCCUGUCUUCGACAUAGCAGAAUAUUAUCGUCCCAACGAGACACACGACUUUCUGGUCAACCUUCCACAUCUAGGUGCAGCAUUGGCAGACACUUUUUCUACUCCUGAGAACAACGCCACCAAGAAGAACUCGGUCCCUGACUACCCUGUGGUAUUGCAGAGGGCGCAUGGACUUUCGGCUGCAGCAGUGAGCAUAGAACAAGCAGUGUUCACAGCCUGGUCUGCACAGGAUGCAGCAAACAUCGCCACGGAGACCCUGAAUGUGCUGAGUGCCUAUCAAGGAAGUGCUGCGAGAUUGACGAAAUUCACCGAGCAAGAGCUGGAAGGUAGCAUGGCUUUGGGACGAAUUGGAUAUAUCAAGGAUUGGCCUUGGUUCGUCGACCAAGUGAGAAGAAGAGGGAAUUACAGGAACGACGCAUGUUGA